UGCGCCAUGAUGGAUCUCCUUCAUUGUGCCCUGUCCCCGUUAUAGGCAUUUUCAAGCUAGGCUAGCUGUCAAUUCACUCCGCCACAACACGCCAGGGACGCUCCGGGCUGUGCAGACUCCAUUUGCAAAUACCUUUGCUGCAUCGCACAAUGGCUGUCCCUCCAGCAUACUCAGACCUGGGCAAGGCCGCCAAAGAUAUAUUCAGCAAGGGAUAUGGCUUUGGUGUUGUGAAGCUGGACCUCAAGACGAAAUCACACAGCGGAGUGGAGUUCAACACAUCUGGCUCCAGUAACACAGAUACAGGGAAGGCCUCAGGGAGCCUGGAGACCAAAUACAAGAUGAAGGAGCUAGGCCUGAGCGUCAACCAGAAGUGGAACACAGAUAACACCCUCGGUACUGAAGUCACUGUGGAGGACCAGCUGGCUCAAGGACUGAAAGUUGGCUUGGAUACAUCUUUUGUACCAAACACAGGCAAGAAAAGUGGCAAGCUCAAGACUGGCUACAAGCGUGACUAUAUGAAUAUUGGCUGCGAUGUAGACUUCGAGGGUCCCAUCAUCCACGCUUCUGCUGUGUUGGGCUAUGAAGGCUGGCUGGCCGGCUAUCAGAUGGCCUUUGAUACGGCCAAAUCCAAACUGGCUCAGAACAACUUCGCACUCGGAUACAGGGCCGGGGACUUCCAGCUUCACACCAAUGUUAAUGACGGGACUGAGUUUGGCGGCUCCAUCUACCAAAAGGUAAAUGACGAGCUGGAGACAGCGGUUACUCUGGCCUGGACAGCUGGUAGCAACAACACUCGUUUCGGCAUUGCUGCCAAAUACAAGCUGGACAAAGAUGCCUCUUUGUCUGCCAAAGUGAACAAUGCCAGUCUGAUUGGAAUAGGCUACACCCAGAGCCUUCGACCAGGUGUUAAGGUCACCCUCUCAGCUCUCAUUGAUGGCAAGAACUUCAACGCCGGCGGACACAAAGUCGGCAUGGGCUUCGAGGUUGAAGCGUAAACACGAGACCUACCAAUAAAGAAGAAGAAGCCCACUUCAGCACUUAGUUUUCGGCACCCUCCUAUCACGAUAACUUGUCUCCUUCUCUUGUCUCUGGACUCUCCCUCACACACCCCUCCCUUGUUCAUACUUCUGAUGAGCAUUUCUGACAGUAAUAGUCAAGUCUUAGCAUUAUGCUUAAAAAGUUGUGAGGCUGAUCCUGAAACUGGCGUUGUGGAGAAUUGUUUUUAUGGCGUUUGAAAUAACUAUUUAUUUCCCUGUAGGUCUUGAAUGAAGUAGUUGUUGGUGUACAUGUGUAGCUCAUUUAAAGCUUCAGUACUGAGUUAUUACUGCAUUCCUAAAAGCAUGUCAAAUGAAGGGUUGGAUGCAGAGCUUAAAGCUUAUUUGCUUGGUUAAAAAAGGUGCAGAGUGUCUGUCGUCUCUUUAUUUUUGUAUCCAUUUGAACAGUUUUGGCUUUUUUGUUGCAAUCCAAGGACUAUUUAAUCCAUGUCAUUGUUUUCAUACAACACAUAUCAUUAAAUAUUGAAGUAGUGGUGGAUGAAGUUAAGCGCUAAAGACCGAUUUCUGGAAUGACGACAUGAAAGAUGUUAGAUCUAUUAUUGCACGUGUCUCAAAAUGCUCUUUUAGCCCUUUGUGACUUCUGAUUUUGGUAGGUGAAAUCAACAUAAUGGAAUCUUCUGGUAGCUCUUUGCUUUUGUUUUUGUUUUGUUUUUUACAUUUCUGCAGUGUUGUUUUCAUCUAUCUGUCUCAGCUCAGCGGUCACAAUGAAAGUGAGGCUAUUUUGCUUCUGUAUCUCAGAGGCACCAGGCAUCUUAACUUGACUGCCAGCUGUUUCCUCAUGUUGCUCGGGGACCUCACUCGUUGCUGUCAGUGAUCGCGUCUUCAAAACUAUCUCCACUCUUAAGCUCUGUAUAUUAAAAUACAGGUGCUUGUCCUCCAAUUAAUUCCAGUUGAAACACUUGAUAGGAGUGUUGUGUCCCCACAUAUCUGUCCUGUUUCUUUGGUUGGAAAUCCUGCAUCAGAAUGUGUUUCUUUUUCAUCUUAUGUUGUCAUCAUUAUUAUUAUUAUUAUUAUUAUUAUUAUUAUUAUGAGACUUUCUUUUUCUUUGUCACAUAGACACAGUACCUCAUUUUUUUCCAGUGUAAACUAAGAGAACUCUAAUAAUUAAAAAAAUGGGAAAACAG